AUGGCAACUGAAGUAAAAAAGAACCCUCUUGACGCCCUCUCUCUGUUGGUUGAUGCUGCUAAUGCGCAGUCAUCGGCUCCCCAACAAUCAGGAGAAGCUGAAGCUCCCGCAGAGCCGAAGAAAGAUAAUCGCACAACCGAUAAUGUCCCAUCUUCAGGCGCUGCUGCUACAAACGCUGCUGCAGCAGCAGCUCAACAACGAGCUGUUGAAAUGGAACUCCGAGAAGCCCUCCAUCGCCAAGCCGUCGAACGAGAAGCUAUGGAAGGAGAGGCCAUGUGGCAGCAACGUGCUGCUCUGAUGGCUGCUGGUUUUGGUGGAUACGGUGGCGGUGGUGGACAAGGUGGUUAUGGCGGACAAGGUGGUUAUGGUGGACAAGGUGGUUAUGGUGGCCUGAGCUCACAAGACACCGAGUACAUGCAGCAGCUCCGCUUGGAAGCACUAGUCCAACAACGCAGACAGGAAACUCUUGCCCAACUUGCUUUGGCGCAAGAGUACAGCCCUGAGGCUCAAGCUCUAAUCUCGGCUCAGUUGCGACAGGCUGCCAUGUUCCGUGAACAAGAACUUUAUAUGGCAAAUAGUGGUGGAGGCAUGGAUCAUUCCAUGACGGCUGCUCUCCGACAGAGGGAAGGCGCUCGCAAUGAAAAUGCCUUGCUCCGUCUAUUUGAAGAACGGGACCGCCAACACAAAAUGGCCGCUAUGGGUGUACCUUCUCCGGCUCCCGUGCCCAGCAUGGAUUCCAUGAUGGCGGCUGCUCCACCACCACCACCAGCAGCUGCUCCUGCAACAACUCCUGCCAAUCCUCCUACCACCAAGGCCAAAGAAGACACGGCAUUGGCUCUUGCUGGAUCCAAAGUUACCGUUCUUCCUUGCCGUGCCCGCGGAAUGCCAAUGGAUCACAAUGCAAAGACUGCCUAUUUUGUAGUUCCCGAAGAUGUCAAGCAUGGUGCCGAACUUGUUUGUUCCUAUGAUCACUGCCGCAAUGCCGGGAUCAAAUUUCGAUAUUGUGUCUUUUGUUCCCUCCCCGUGGCCAAGCGCAACUUUUUCAAAAAGCACAAACACGAAGGCAAGAUUCCUCCCGAAAGACUCACUGCUGGACCCCCCAAGGAAGAAGAGAUGUCACAGCAAGACGAAUCUACUCCGCAAAAACCAGUCUUCCGCAAAUGGAAUACCAAGGAACUCUUGGAACGGGCCUUGGAAUCCAACAGUGGUUUGGGCAAACCGGAUGGCUUGAAGAAGGCUAUCAGUUCCGGUGAAAUGGCUCAAUUGGUCGAAAUACGGAAGCGCAAGUGGGAAAAAUUGCUCGAUACCCGUCCCCUUUCUCAAUCAGAGACCGAAAUGGUCUUGUGGGUUCGUAAAGUCCUGGAUAUCAGUGAUUUGACACCUCCCUCGGAUCUCAAGGAGCCCGCCAAGAAACAGCAAGAAGAAGAAGCGAAAUUGGCGGAAAUCAAGAGAAUUUUAGAAGCAACCAAGAAGGAAGAAGAAAAGGUAGUCGUCGUCGAGGAUAUUAUUCCCAAAGCAACCGAAGACGAAAAAAUUUCGGCUGGCGAGGAAUCGACCGACGAGGAAGACGAGACCAGUUCCACCAAGAGCAAGUACGACGACGACGAUGAUGAUGCCAUGGAAGAGGAUGCCCCAGCUGGAGAGGAAAAAGAUGGCAAUGUUAGCGAUGGUACUACUAGCUCUAGUGGUAGCUCUGUAGAUUUGCGAGCGCACAAAAGAGCCAAGACUGCCGAAUAA